CGUUUGCUACGAUAAACCAAACUGUUUUGUUAGCAUUUUUAUUCUCCCAAAUUAACAGUUCUUUAAAAUAAGUUAUUAGAUGCAUUGUGUCGCCGUGAACACAUAAAAUUAACAGGAACUGUUCGGAUUUAAGCAAAGAGUUGGUUGAAGAGAAUUGGAUUGAGUUUUGCAAAAAAAGUCAAGGAUAAAGUUUGACAAGAAAAGAUGUCGGGAAGUGAUGGUGAAAUUCAGUUAAAAUCAGUAAAACAUUUUGAUAACAAUCCAGGAGGUACAUCACCAAGUAAAUCCGACGACCAACCACCGGCAUACAGUCAAAUAUCUGAACCGGACAAAUAUGGAAAAUCAAACCUGGCUUAUGUUCCCGACGGCGGCAGUCAAGACAGAUUAGACACAAACGUGACAUCAGUUCCGUCGGUCGUCGGCAACGAUGACGUAAAUGUUACGGUCACUGAAGUAAUUGACGUACAUAUACCAACGUCAAAUGGAUUACGUCACAGAAAGACCCACGAGAACACCAUGAAUCUAGAUGAUGACGUAGUACAGUACGAGGAGUCCAGUGAUGACGAUGACGAAUACCACAACAAAUUAACUCGUACUAUAGGUGUAACAAGACGAACUGUCUUUGUGACGUAUGAGGAUCAUAAGACAGAGUUCUGGAUCGGGUUUUGGAUAUUACUUGCCGUCCUGUACUUUGCUUACUUCAUUUAUGCGAUGGUAAAGACGUUUGACGUCGAUGACGAAGGUUCAAUGCGCCUACUUAUUGUUACUAUUUUGGGAACAGUGUUCGUUAUUGGACGUGUUCUAUGGGGAAAGUUUAUGACUGAGAGAGAAUUUACCAUUUUAGAUUCGCAAAAUCCAACUUUUAUCAAAGUAAGACUAAUCCUGUACUGGUGUUUGGUCAUUGGAACAAUAUUAUUCUUCAUAGCGUUCAUCAUAGUUGACGUUGCUAUUGAUAGGCCGAAAAAUCUUAUCUCAGCAUUCGGCAUGUUCGUUUUCGUCCUGGUGUUCUUUGUGUUUUCCAAAAAUCCUACAAAGGUUCAAUUCCGGCCAGUGUUCUGGGGCCUAGCGCUCCAGUUUUACUUUGCAUUACUGAUUUUACGGACGGAGUUUGGGUAUCGGGCAUUUGAAUGGCUUGGUGAUAGGGUGAGAGAGUUUCUGGCACACACAGACGCCGGGUCAGAAUUCGUGUUCGGAAGCGAAUAUGAACACCAUUUCUUUGCCUUCAAGGUGCUUACAGUGAUCGUGUUUUUCAGCGCCAUGAUAUCUGUUCUAUAUUAUCUCGGUGUGAUGCAAUUCGUCAUCAGACACUUGGCAAGAUUUCUGGCGUUCUGUUUGGGUACUUCACCCACCGAGUCACUUAAUGCGGCUGGUAAUAUUUUCAUCGGUCAGAGCGAGUCACCUCUAAUGAUCCGACCAUUUAUUAAGGAAAUGACCAAGUCAGAGAUUCACGCCGUCUGUACCGGAGGGUUCGCGACCAUUGCCGGCUCUGUCAUGGCUGCUUAUAUUCUUAUGAACGUUCCACCAAACCAUUUAUUGUCAGCUUCAGUAAUGAGUGCCCCAGCUGCCUUGGCAAUGGCAAAACUCUUCUAUCCUGAAACAAAGACAAGCAAACAUCGUGCCGAGGAUGUUUAUAAUAUGGAGAAAGGGACAGAGUCGAACAUCAUUGAAGCUGCUAGUAACGGUGCGUCUAUUUCAAUCAAACUUAUUGCUAACAUUGCUGUUAACCUGAUUGCUUUCCUUGCCAUCCUGAAGUUUCUAGACAGUACCCUCAUCUGGCUGGGCCACAGAGUCGAUAUGUAUGAUCCAGAACUUACAUUCACGCUUAUUUGCUCAUAUUUGUUUUAUCCGGUGUCUUGGUUACUCGGUACUGACGUAGAUGACGUGAGAAAAGUUGCAGGAAUGAUUGGAACAAAAACAUUUUUGAACGAGUUUGUUGCUUAUGGAGAAUUGAGUACCUAUAUCGGUAACACAGCCAAAUACAACGCUUAUCUUAGCGACGAGACAUACAACGGCACGUCACACAAAAAUGAUGACAUUAUCAUUAAUUACACAGGCGAGGUUCUUGUAGGGGGCAUUUUAUCGGAUAGAUCAGUUGUCGUAGCUACAUACGCUCUUUGUGGAUUUUCAAAUAUCGGAUCAAUAGGUAUUAUGCUUGGUGCCCUUGGCGCUCUGGCUCCCAGCCGGAAGAAAGAUAUCACCAAAGUUGUCGUUCGUGCAAUGAUUGCGGGCAAUGUUGCAUGCUUUAUGACGGCAUGCAUAGCAGGUCUUCUUUACAAGGGUCCUAUCUAAAGAAGUUGCUCAAUGGACUAUGUGUUAUUUCGUCGAAUUCAAAAUGGACAUAUUCUGCAAACUGUACACAUUCAAAGGAAAUAUUGUUUUCUUGUUUAUAUUUUUAUAUAUGUUUGUAUAUAACUUUUAUUCCAGAGUUUAUUUUCAUAUCUUUUUUAUUUGCACUUUAUAUAUGUUUCCAUUUUUAUCAUUUUUUUAUAUAUAAGAUAAAAAAUUAGUUUUAUAUUUUAUCUCAUUCAUUAGAUAUUACUAUAUGUGUUCAUACCUUAAUUUAGUUGUAAUGAUUUUUAUAACUGAAACUAUUUUUUUUUAUCAAAUAAUUAAAUGGACGAACCAUUUUACAAAAACCAUUUUACAAAAUGUUUAACCAUGUAUUUGAUUUGC